AUGUCGUCCCUACAGGUGGACGAACGGAGCCGAGGCGGGCGGUCCCGCUCCCCCGCAGAUCCCCGCCGGGAGGACGAGGACUGGCCGCGAGACCGGGAGCGGAGCCGCGCCCGCACGUCCACGGCAAACGUUGUCGAGGCCGGUGUGUACCCGCCAGCCAACAACAACUAUCGCGACGUUGACCCUGCCCUCGCUUACGAGCAGCUCGCCAACUACCCGCCUCCCGCUGGUGAUCGCGGCGGCGAUUACUACCGCAGCAGCCCACCUUCGGGCGACCGCGACCGCAACCGGGACCGGGACCGGGACUACGGCAGCAGCUAUAAUGCGUCAGCGCCAUCGCUAGGCAGGCCCCGUGAGCGGUCGCUCUCGCGUGACCGGUUGAGGGACCAGUCGCGCCCUCGCGCACAGAGCCGUGAUCGGAGACCCGAUCCCAGAGAAUCCCCGGAAUGGGGAAAGAACAUCAACAGGGAGCGUCCGGGUGAGUUCGGGGGAAUGUAUCUCCCGCCCAAGUAUGCCGCCACCGUUGUCUCGGCCGACCCCGCAGGAUCACCACACGGGUCACGCGACUUGUUCCACGGUCAUGGCCGCACGCCCAGCACCUCGGGCAGAGAAAGAAAUUCCAGCCGGGAGCGCCCGCCAUCACCAGGCUACCAACGUCCUCGCCCGUCCAGCUAUCACGCGGGUGCUGGAAGACCCGAUGACAAGUACGGCGAGCCCAUCGGCCGUCCCAGCGGCCGCACCCACAGCCCGAACAUGAGCAUCAGCAGCGCCUACGACCUGCGGCCCCCCAGCGUCGUAACCAUCGAGCCCCCCCACAGCGGCGGCGGCGGCUACCCUUCUUCCCCCGGUCGAGGCCACCACGAAGACGACGGCAAACCCCCCCUCAAGUCCGCCAUGCGUCCCGGCCGCGAAAAGUCUCCCAUGCCGCCUACCAACCGCAUGUCCCUCCUCUCCGUCAACACGCACACCCCGCACAUGUCCAACGGCAACCUCUCCGUCGCCAACGCGCCCGCCUCCCCCAUGCUCGAAUCCUACCACGGCACCUACCAAUCCAUGUCCCCCAUGCCCUCUCCCCUGAUGCUGCCCACCCAGCCCGGUCCCAACGGUUCCUCCUACAGCUUCGUCGAGCCUUUAUCUCCCCUCUACGGCUCCUCCUCGUCCGACGACGAGCACCAUCGCAAGGGCGGUUCCGGCAGCGGCGAAAAGAAAGGCCACACCCGCACGCACUCCCGCCGCGCCCGCUUCCACGACCCCAUCGACGACGCCGCCCGCCUCGCCCAAGCCCUCAAAGGCGAAACCCGCGCGCCCGACACUCUCACCCUCAUCGAGAUCUUACCGGGCCUCACCCACGAGCAAGUCAUGGACCUGCGGGUCGAGUACAAACGCCUCGUGAAAACCGGCGCCGAGCGGAAGGGCGUCAACAUCGCCAAGCACAUCCGCGCGCGGCUCAAGGACGAAGAUCCGACGCUCAUGAAGGCGUGUUAUACCGUUGCGUUAGGAAGGUGGGAGUCAGAAGCGUACUGGGCGAAUUUUUGGUACCAUGGGGAUAAGACGCGGAGGGAACUGUUGAUUGAGAGUCUGAUGGGGAGGACGAAUGAGGAGAUUCGGAAGAUUAAGGAGGGGUUUAGUGAUAAGAAGUAUGGGGAUAGUUUGGUGAAGUGCAUGAAGAUGGAGUUGAAGGAGGACAAGUUUAAGAAGGCGGUGUUGAUGGUUUUGGAGGAGAAGAGGCAGGAGGAUGUGGAUCAGUUUGGACGGCCGGUCAGGUUGGAUUUUGAGCUGGUGGCGGACGAUGUGAGGACUUUGCGGGAUGCGAUCAAGUCAGAGAGAGGUGGGGAAAGUGCCAUGUUGGCGAUUGUGGUGAUGAGGAGUGAGGCGCAUUUGAAGGAGGUGAUGAGGGUUUAUAAGGAGACGUUUAGGGGGGCGAAUUUUGCUAGGGAUGCUUUGAAGAGGAGUGGGAAUCUUGUCGGCGAAGUCCUAGCCCACAUCCUUAACGGCGUCAUCAACAAGCCCGUCCGCGACGCCAUGCUACUCAACCACGCCCUGACCAUGUCCAAGCGGGACGAGCUGCGGCGCGAGCUUUUGAUUUCCAGGUUGGUCCGCUUCCACUGGGACGCGGGCCACAUGUCCCGCGUGAAGAAGGCCUACCACGAACACUACGGCAAAGACCUCCAGGAGGCCGUGAAGGAGACUACCAGCGGCGAGUGGGGAGAGUUUUGCGGGCAGCUGUGCGUAAGCAGGAUGCCGGAUGAUGUCAAGAAGAUUGAGAGGAGGCCGACGGACGAUUUCUAG